AUGGGUAGCACAGGAAGGUUACAACAGUCCCACAAGCUCAACUACACCAGCAAGAACAAUGACUCCUACAUGGGUUUUGUGGGGGCUAUCAGACUACUCUCCUACCUGGCCGCUGAUGCAGAUGAGAUGUUCGGCGGUCUCAUUGAAGAGGCAAGUAGAACUGCUAUAAAAGCUCGCAAUAUGGAGAGGCGAGUACAGACUCUAGCAGAUACAAUCUCCCAGAGACAACACUAUGUCUAUAAAACUGACCUAAACAACCACAACAUGGAGGUGGGCAAGUUCAGACCUAACACAGUAGUGGACCAGAACGUGGUGAUAAAGGACAACAGGACGCCCUGUGUAAAGGAGAGACACUCAGCUGCAGACCUCACUCCUGCUCUCAUUGUCUUCAAGAAUGUGAGGGAGGAUGGGAAGGACUGCACGACCCUCUACACUGAUCCCCACUACUUUGGUCGGGUUUGGUUCAACCAGAUGCAGAAAGCGUUCGAGGCCAACAAAAGGGCUCGUACAAAAAAGAAGAAUAAGAAACAAAACGUGAAGAAGGAACCGCGACCCGUCAUUAUAAAGGAGUACAAGGUUGAUGCUUUAGCUUUUCAGUUAAUGAAGAUUGUGUAA